AUGCUGCAGUCCGCGUUGCCAGUCCGCGCGGCAGUGCCCACCCAACCGCGCCGCGCGGUCGCGACGCGCUUCCAGAAGCCCGGGCGCGAGGACCUGUUCGCGGGCGCCCACAGCCAGGGGGCACUGCCCCUCAAGUUCGGAUUCCCGAAGGGCUCCCUGCAGAAGAGCACUCAGGAGCUGUUCAAUCGCGCGGGCUUCGAGGUGAAGAUCUCCGAGCGCGGGUACUUCCCGAAGAUCAACGACGACGAACUCGCGGCCGUGCUCCUGAGGUCACAGGAGGUCCCAAGGUACGUCGAGGACGGCGUCCUGGACUGCGGCAUCUGCGGCCACGACUGGGUGGUCGAGAGCAACUCGGACGUUGUGGAGGUGUGCGAGCUCAAGUACUCCAAAGCGACGAGCGCGCCGGCGCGGUGGGUGCUCGCGGUGCCGGAGAACUCCUCCGUCCUGCAGCCCAAGGACCUCGCCGGGGACGCCAUCAUCGCGUCGGAGCUCGUCGGCACCACGGAGCGGUUCUUCCGUGAACGCAACAUCCCCAUCCGCAAAGUAGAGUACUCCUGGGGCGCCACGGAGGUCAAGGCCCGCUUGCCCGGCGUGGCGGCGAUCGUGGACAUCACGGAGACGGGCGCGUCGCUCAGCGCGAACAAGCUGCGCAUCAUCGCGACGAUCCUGGAGUCGACGACGCGCCUCGUGGCCAACCGGCAGUCGUGGGAGGACCCCGUGAAGCGCGCGAAGAUCGAGGACCUCGCCUCGCUGUUGCAGGGCGCCGUCGAGGGCCGCAGCAAGGUGGGCGUGAAGAUGAACCUCGAGCGCUCGCGGCUGGACGACGUCGUGGCGCUGCUGCCCUCGGAGCUCAGCCCCACGGUUUCGCCGCUCCUGAGCGACCGCCACGUCGCCGUGGAGGUCGUCGUCGACGAGGAGGUCGCGCGGCAGCUCGUGACGAAGUGCAAGCGCCUGGGGGCGACGGGGAUCGUCACCUACGACGUCGGCAUCAUGCUGCACUGA